GCAGCGCCUAGGCCCAUGCCGCUGAGCUGGGCGCGAGCGGGGCUGUUUCUGAGUGGGGCUCGUCCUCACACAAUCAUGUCUUCUGAUCCGGAGCGCGCAGCGGAUGCCAGCAACGACGACCUUGAAUCUGUAGAAGAUGUUGAAGAUGAAAACGCUGAGACCAAUGACAUCACACGCCAAGUUCUUCGUCAAGCCGACGUUCUUGCUGCCAUCCAAGGCCAGUUGCGACAGGAGAUGCUGAACUCUAUGCCACCCCAAGUCAAACGGCGCAUCAAGGCACUCAAGAAACUUCAGUUGGAAACUACAAACAUUGAAUCUAAAUUUUAUGAAGAAGUUCACGCUUUGGAGUGCAAAUACCACAAACUCUAUCAACCUCUGUACACUAAGCGUGCCAAUGUCAUUUGCGGUUUGCAUGAGCCCACUGAUGAAGAGAUUGCAGGCAUGUCAGAUGAUGAGAAAGAUGAUGAGUUGUGUGCAGAGAUCAAGGCCAAAGUAAAAAUUGAGGACCUCUUACCACCUAAGGAUCAGAAGGCUAAAGAAGAAGCAGAAAAUAAUAAGAAUAAGGAUAUCUCAGGCAUUCCAGAGUUCUGGCUCACAAUUUUCAAAAAUGUUGCCCUGUUAUCAGAAAUGGUAGAAGAGCAUGAUGAGCCUAUUUUGAAACAUCUGAUUGACAUUCAGGUCAUUCUUUUGGAUAAAAACCCCAUGGGAUUUGUCCUUGAGUUCCACUUCUCUCCCAAUGAGUACUUCUCCAACUCAGUUCUUUCCAAGGAGUAUGAGAUGAAGUGCACACCUGAUGAAACUGAUCCCUUCUCAUUUGAAGGACCAGAGAUCUACAAGUGCAAGGGCUGCAUUAUUGACUGGUAUAAGGGUAAAAAUGUAACAGUCAAGACUAUCAAAAAGAAGCAAAAGCAUAAGUCUCGUGGUUCAAUAAGGACAGUUCAACUGUCUGUCCAGAAUGAUUCAUUCUUUAAUUUCUUCAACCCACCAAUGCUGUCUGAUGAUCCUGAGGCUGAGUUGGAUGAUGAUACCCAGACACUACUUACCUCAGACUUCGAGAUUGGUCACUACAUUAGAGAGCGUAUUGUCCCAAGAGCGGUUCUCUACUUCACUGGUGAGGCACUGGAAGCGGAGGAAGAUUAUGAGGAAGAUGACAGUGAAGAAGAGGACGAAGAGGAGGAGGAUGAAGAUGAGGAUUACAACCCCAAUGCCAACCAGGCUGUGAAGAAGGCCUUGUUGCAGGGCCAGAAUCCUCAAGGAGACUGCAAACAGCAGUAAUAAAAUUUUGAUGGGCCGAG